AUGGCCGAUGAAUGUCGAGAUGUUAGUGGUACACAACAACUAUCUAUAGUUAUUCGAUUCGUUCCUGAUCCAAAUAGAUGUACAAUUGAUAAAGCUUAUAUUGUAAAAGAAUAUUUUCUUGGAUUUAUACCAUUAGCACAAUUUGAUGUUGAAACGUUGGCAAAUAAGAUUGCUGAAUUUCUAAAUUAUUGGAAAAUUCCUUUAGAAUCUUGUAUUUGUUUAUGUUUCGAUGGAACGUCAGUGAUGUCUGGAUGUGUUGCUGGAGUUCAUGUUUAUCUUAAGAAAUAUAUGCCGAAUUCACUCUAUGUACAUUGUGCAGCUCACAGACUGAACCUCGUCAUAAGCGAUACAUGUAAAGUUGUAUGUUACAUUUCGGAUUAUUUCUCAAUAGUAUCUCAAAUUUAUACCUUUUUCACCGAAUUCGGCGUGACCAAUAUUUAUUUCAAACAAGCUCAAAUUGAUUUAGGUCAAGUACAAUCUUCAACACUUAAAUUAUGGAUCAUCACUCGUUGGAUUGCCAUUGAUUCUAUUGUUAAUAAUUUUCCUGCAAUUGUUCGAGCACUUCGUGAUCUAAGUGAAGAUGGGAGUGGUACACGAUCGACAAAUGCAUUAGGAAUUCUAAUACAUGCUAAAAAAUCAGUUUUUAUUAUUAGUACGUUUAUUCUUCACAAACUGUUGGGAAUCAUAAAAGUGUUAAGUGAUCAAUUAAAAAGUCCGUCAUUAGAUUAUGUACGUGGUGAACAUCUCAUUAAGUCUGUUAUUCAACAAUUAAAAGAUCUUCGAAAUGAUCAAUGUUUUUAUCAGAUAUAUGAUAAAGCAAAGGAUUUUUGCAGCUUACAUGAAAUCGAUUUUACACACACAUACCGAUCAUAUCGUGCAACAACGAUACCUAUUAGAUUUCAAGAUUUCUUUAUCAGUUCAACAGUGGGACAACGUGAAGCAUUACACGCACCAACUGAUUAUCUCAAUAGAUUUUAUUUUCCACUGAUUGAUUGCAUGUUGUUAGAAUUGAAUGAUAGAUUUUCAUCCAAAACAUUAUCAUUGAUGAAAAACAUCUCCACCGUUUAUCCAGAAAGUGCCAAUUUUCUUAAUAUUGAUGAAAUCAAUGAUUUCUGUUGUCAUAUUGGUGGAGAUAAAAGUUCAUUAAAAAAUGAAUUUCUUGUUAUCAAACCUAUGCUUGAAUCUAAAAAAGUCAAUAAUAUUAUUCAACUUUUAAUGAAUUGA